UCAACCAACUUACUUUUGAUUGGAAGGCUGGUUGCUGGGACUCUAGCGUUUGCAGGAAGUCACUUAACUGUUUGCGAGCUGGAAAACCGAGCCUGAAGUUUUCUUUUGUCACGAGGACGAGCGCCAGUGACUAGGGAAGGUGUGCGCCACGGCCCCGGCCCCGCCAGCUGGACCUCGAGCCGGGAGGCCCGGAGAGGCCACCGGGACCGAGAGGCGCUCCCGAGGAGGAGCGGCGGCCCCCUUCCAGCCUCCCGGCUGUUACCCUUUUAAAUGUCAGCGUUCGAGGCUGGAGGGGUAGCACGAGGCAGCGGAACGGAACAGUCGGAUUGGCCGCACGCCUCAGUUCUAGACGCACCUCUCCACCGAAAGGCCGUUCUGACUGGCAGGGGGAGAAAGUAAACAGAGUUGAAUCACCCUCCCCGCUGGCCAAUUGGAGGGGGUUUGGAUUGUGACGUGAUGGGAUUCUGCGAAAUUGUUACUGAGCAAGAGAAUGCCGGAACGGUGCGGACCGGCCAGAGCAGGGGCUCAGAAGGCGUCCGCGGACUGGGGGAAAAGUGUCUCUUAGACCCCGCGCUCGGUCCGGCCCUCGCCGCGCGCGCCCGGGUGGUCGGCUGAAUGUCCCGCGGCUUCGGCUCGACGGAGAGGCGGCCGAGGGCGUGUACCUCUCUUGCAGUUUCCUCUCCCAGCGCCUCGGGGGCGUUUUCAAGCGCAUAAACUUGCGGCCGCCACGUGUGGCACCUUUCCAAGGGAGCCGGCUCGGAGCGGCCGGCGCGCCCGUCGGGGGGAUCGCGCCGGGCGCGGGGCGCGGGCGGCGGCGAGCGAGCGGCGGCAGCGCGGCGGAGCCCGGGGCCGUGGAUGCUGCGUGCGGAGGCGCUGCCGGUUACGUAAAGAUGAGGGGCUGAGGUCGCCUCGCGCUCCUGCGAGUCGGAAGCGCCCCGCGCCCCCGCCCCCUUGGCCGCCGCGCCGCGCCGCGCUCGUCGUCCGAGGCCAGGGCAGGGCGAGCCGAACCUCCGCAGCCACCGCCAAGUUCGGCCGCGCCGCCGGGGCUGCUGUCGCCCGCACCAUGUCCGCGGCCGCCUACAUGGACUUCGUGGCUGCCCAGUGUCUGGUUUCCAUUUCGAACCGCGCUGCGGUGCCGGAGCAUGGGGGCGCUCCGGACGCCGAGCGACUGCGACUACCUGAGCGCGAGGUGACCAAGGAGCACGGUGACCCGGGGGACACCUGGAAGGAUUACUGCACGCUGGUCACCAUCGCCAAGAGCUUGUUGGACCUGAACAAGUACCGACCCAUCCAGACCCCCUCGGUGUGCAGCGACAGUCUGGAGAGUCCGGAUGAGGAUAUGGGAUCCGACAGCGACGUGACCACCGAAUCUGGGUCGAGUCCUUCUCACAGCCCGGAGGAGAGACAGGAUCCUGGCAGCGCGCCCAGCCCGCUCUCCCUCCUCCACCCUGGAGUGGCUGCGAAGGGGAAACACGCCUCCGAAAAGAGGCACAAGUGCCCCUACAGUGGCUGUGGGAAAGUCUAUGGAAAAUCCUCCCAUCUCAAAGCCCAUUACAGAGUGCAUACAGGUGAGCGGCCCUUCCCCUGCACGUGGCCAGACUGCCUUAAAAAGUUCUCGCGCUCGGACGAGCUGACGCGCCACUACCGGACGCACACGGGCGAGAAGCAGUUCCGCUGUCCCCUGUGCGAGAAGCGCUUCAUGAGGAGCGACCACCUCACCAAGCACGCCCGGCGCCACACCGAGUUCCACCCCAGUAUGAUCAAGCGCUCCAAAAAGGCGCUGGCCAACCCCUUGUGAGGGCCGGGCGCGCCCGCCGGACAGGACUGUCACCUCCCCUCCCCCCAGCACCCUCCCAACCCCGCCACCACCACCACCCCCCCUUCCACCCCGGGAGGGGCGCGC